GUCUGACAUGUCAUGUCAGUCGCAAAGUAUAUCAGUUGUCUUUCUUGUCUUGUUUGCCUUCUAAUUUCAAGAUUUUCAAUUUUCAAGGAAUAUUUUUGUGAUUUAUACACGUGUGUUUGAUAAAUAUUCUGUUUUUAAUUGUGAAUAUUUAGUGCCUAUUUCCAUUGUUUAUAUACAUAGCAAUGGGAAAACCAUCCAGCAGUCAACUAUCCUACUUAUUUUGUUGUAGAUAGUGUAGUAUAGUUAUUUCAAUAUUAUCUUGAAACUAGUGUUGAAUGUAACUGUGUUAUCAGCCAUGGCAAAGAAAAAGAAAAACAAGAGUAGUAGGAAUUCCUCAAGUCACUCCUUUCCAAUGAACCCAAAGAAAAUCCAUAAUGACCACAAGGCGAAGAAGAGAAAAACGAAUAAGAACAUUAAAAAACUUUUAGAUCAGCUACAUAGUGAAAGCAACUCAUCGCUUGUAUCUGUACAAAGUUUGAACAACACAUUAGAUACCACUAAAGAUAAUACCGUAAUUGUAAUAGACCAGAGUGCAAACAAUGGUGUGAAGAGGAAAGUAGAUGAAUGUGUUGUAAGCGAAUCUAAACGGUCUAGGAACAAUAGCACCAUUGUCAUAAACGAUGAGGAUGAUAUUAUCAUCCUAAAGUCCGACCAAAAUACAAACAGUCCCUCAAAAUGUAUGAAUCCUAUAGACUGCUCAACUCCUAUUGCAAAGGCUUCUUCAUCAAGACUUGCUGCUAAUGAAACUAAGGAAAUAAAUGGUGAUUCGUAUCUAACCAUAGAUUUGACCACAGACAGUGAAUUGAGAGGAAACACCAGCAAACAAAAUACUGUCAUUGAUUUAGUCAGUAAACAUGAUACGCAAGACUGCAGUAUAGUAUCUGUCAGUAAUACAAGUAUAUCUAGUGGUGAUUCCGAUGUAACUGUUAUCAAUAUGAAGAAGAAGAAAAGCACAAGUAAAAAUAUGAAGAAAAUCGCCAGUGGUAUAGCUAAACUUAAUUCUUCCGAGAAAGGGCGGUUAUUAGAACUGAUUACAAAGAAUAUAUUCAAUGGGUGUCAGUUACCUGCAACCAUGGAGAGCUCACAUAGCAUUGUAAAUAGAGUGACCCGCGGCACCGAAACCCAAGAAGACACAUACAUUCGCGAGGUAAUACUGGGAGAAGCGCCAUCUAGAAAUAGCAUAGGGAGCAACAUCUAUAACCCGGCACGCGACAUCAAAAGCAAGUCCGGACUCCGAAUGAUCAUUAUAGAUGGUAGCAAUGUCGCUAUGGAAUACACCAAAGGCAAACAGUUUUCAGUGAAAGCUCUGAAAAUCUGCAUAGAUUACUUCGUGAGGCGCGGGCAUAUUGUCAAGGCAUUUGUGCCAAGGUUUAGGUGUAAGUUUGGAAUGAGCACGGAACCUCGACUAUUGGACGACUUAGAACGCCAGGGAUUGGUCAUCUACACUCCGUCUAGAGAUAUCAAAGGACGCCGCGUAUGCUCUUAUGAUGAUAGAUACAUCGUACAAUGCGCGGCCGAAUUCGAUGGGGUCAUCAUAUCGGGAGACAACUAUAGAGACUUAGCGUGCGAGAAUCCAAGAUGGCAGUAUGUAAUUGAAAACAGAGUACUACCCUUUACUUGGGUCAAUGACAUGAUCAUGUUUCCCAGGGACCCUCUGGGCAGGAAUGGACCCACUCUGGAAGCCUUUUUAAGGCACCCGACCCCUACGGGACCGAUAUUAUUGUAAUAUUAUUAAAGAAUUGUUUUUAAAGAUUUAAAAUUUUGAAAUGUGAAUUUUCUUUCGUGAAAAUUGUUGUUGGAGUAUUUGUACCGCGUUGAAAUUUUAAAGCGUCUACACACAUUGCAAUCUGUCAUGGCAACACAAGGGAUGCAGGUAUACGAAUGAAAGAAACGUAAGUAGUAAAGGCUUCUUUUUCUAAUACGUACGUCCCUCUCUGUAUCAGCGACUGAUUGCAACGUGACAAUGUGUUUGUUUAGGUGAUUAAAAGUUGGUAGGUAUACAAUCUUUACAUGUCUCUUUAAUGAAAAAUAUAAAUAAACUCUUUUAAAUUAAUGUAUAUAUGAUUAAAUCACAAAUUAAGAAGGUAUGUAAUUUCUGAGUUACAAAUCUAUUAAUUUGCAAUAUGCAAAGAUUUUGAUUUUUAAAGUAAAUAUUUCCAUGAAGACAUAGGUAUCAAUAUUGUUUAUCUAUUUUGAAGUACCAAAGCAAACGCGGCAUAAACGCUUUAAUUAAACAUGAGUUUAAUUUUAAUAUUUACGAUGCAAUAGUUCGCAGAAAUAUUUUAGUUGCCAUUGUAGACGCAGUAAGAUUAUAAAUUAUCCUUAUAUAUAUUUUUGUAUAAGAGGCAGUAAUCUGCUUCAUAAAGCAAUGCAAUUUUUUUUAUAAUUUUCACUACCUAUUAAAAUGUUAUUUUUUAACUGGGCAAAGCAAUGAGAAACAAAUGUUCCAGAUAUUGUUUUCCUUGUCUAAUGGAAUGUCGAUUAUUUCGUGUAUAAAUAAUUAUGUGAAAGUGAGAACUAUAUGUCUAUUCGAACAAUGAAAAUUAAGAUAUACAUUUUGUGUGCUAGAUAUGUAUGUCAAACCCUAAAUUGUUAAACAAUACUCCGCAGUCGAAAUCACUACCUUUUAUUUCACUAACUGCAAUUUUUCUGAACUAUUGUAAGGUUGUCAUAAAAGACUGAACAAAAACUGUAUAUAUUAGAUUAAAAAUAACUUAUUUCUGUAUCAGCAAGAAUGCAAUUUUUUUCUCAGAUUAUUUGUCGAUGCAAAAUCUCACUUAAUAGCAAUUUUUUAUAUUGCUUUUUUGCUACAUAUUUUUAUGAAUAUGGAGUUGUAUGAAUUAAUUUAUUUAUUUUGAAUAACAUUAGUUCAUAAAAAUUCAGCCAAACAAUAUUUUAACAAUAUAAGUGGUGAUAGUAAUUACAUAUAAUAAUGAAAUAGGACUUUUACUCAUAUAGUAAUAUGAAAGUAAAAAAAAAUAUUUUGAGACCUAUUUGGCUUUUGAGAUUAAAAAAAAACUAUCUUAAUCUGUGGAGAAAUUAAUGAUAUUAUUAAAAAAUAAUAAUGUUAUAAUUUCUAACUUGCGGGUAAAAGAAGCAAUGUAAAAAAAAAUAUUUCUAAAGUUUAUAUUUCUUUUUUUUAAUAAAAGGAAUUAUGUUUAGAAA